AACCGAUUCAUUCAAUCCACAACUAAAUCCAAUCUCCUCACUCUUCGUCCUCUCGAGCAAGCAACAGCAACAAUGUCCGGCCGCGGCAAGGGAGGAAAGGGAUUGGGAAAGGGCGGAGCGAAGAGGCACAGGAAGGUCCUCCGUGACAACAUCCAGGGCAUCACCAAGCCGGCCAUCAGACGUCUGGCUCGCCGUGGCGGCGUCAAGCGUAUCAGCGGCCUCAUCUACGAGGAAACCCGCGGCGUCCUCAAGAUCUUCUUGGAGAACGUGAUUCGUGACGCCGUCACCUACACCGAGCACGCUCGCCGGAAGACCGUCACCGCCAUGGAUGUUGUCUACGCGCUCAAGAGGCAGGGAAGGACAUUGUACGGCUUCGGCGGUUGAUUUCUUAGGGUUCUUUGACGGUUUCCUCAGGAUUCUCUUCUUUUAGCUGUAGUUCUCGCCUAUUUGUUCAUAUUCUGGGAAUGAACUUUUGGAAAUUAGGGUUUCAAUUGCUCAAUUUCGGCUGGUCUAUGUUUGUAAUAGCUCAUCUUGUUAUAAUGAAACGAUGGAUUCGAUGAAUUGUGACAUUUCUUGUUUGUUGAUCCUUUGUAUUGAACCUCUCUGACUUUUGGAUUUUCAUUGCUAUCGAUUCUGGAAGGCGGAGUCGUUUUCAAAGUGAACGAGUUCUUCUACCUACAAAUACUUCAACUGUCUCAAAUUAAUUUUUUACGUCAUUUCUCCGUUUCAAUGCCAAUGUUUCUCUUGUUACGAGUGAACUUCUAUUAACUUUCCACUAUUUACAUUUUCGUCAUAUCCUUGUUCUGAAUAACGGCUGUUCGUUAAC